UUGCCUGGAGUGGAUUGUUCUUUGUAAAAUUUCUGUGUCCUCCCCCGCACGCGUAUGAAUGAGGUGCGAGUGGAAUUUAAUUAAUACCACACAGGAGGAAAAUAUUUCAUAAAUUGUUCCCUGAGUGCGGAGAUAUUUUGGGGGGUGGUUUGUGAGGCGAGUGUGUGAACAAAGGGUGGAAUUUGGAGGAGAAUUUAUCGAUCAGUGCUCCAUUCCCCGUGGCGCUGUUCCGCUUCGUUUUUUUUGUGGUGGUGGCGUGGAAAAGUCUUUUUGGUGAAAGUGGUCCAAAUGUUUGCCAUCUGCAAGAGAACUUGCCUGUCAAUGGCUUUUGCUAGUUAUUUACACAAUUUCCUAAUUCUAAGUGUCCUCUUUGGCGUUGCGCGGUGCUUCGAGGCCAUCCCGUUGCACCAUCUUGAAGGAACUGCUGACACCGGAAGGCAAUCCCCAGCCUACGACAUAAGUCAGCUCAUUGCAAAUAAUCCCUGCCUUGUGCACUACUGCGGUAGGGGACAAGAGUGCAUUGUGGAUGCCACACAGGAGGCCAAGUGCGUGUGCCAGAGAUCCUGUCCGCGGCGUCAGAAGCACAUUUGCGGUUCCGAUGGGGAAAUCUACAGGAAUCACUGUGAAAUGCACAGAAUUGCGUGCCUCAAAGGACAAAAAAUCACCCUUCAAGACCCGAAUUUUUGUGUCCGGGUAACAACGAAGGCCCCCGCGACGGCGUGCACGCCACAGGAGUAUGAAAUCAUGAAGGAUAACCUCCUGCUAUACAGUCACGCGAGACUCAUCUCGAGUGACAACAACCACAGCAGGGACUUUCUGGUGUCCAUCAUGUUUUCGCACUAUGACCAGAACAACAAUGGACACUUGGAGACCACAGAACUUAGGGAGUUGUAUCAAUUGGAACACCUUGAGGACUUGAGUCCCAAUUGUGUCCUUAGCGACAUGCUCGUAUACGAUGAUGGUAAUCACGAUGGUCACCUCAGCAUCAACGAAUUCUAUCAGGCCUUCAAUAAAAUGUACAGCGUAUCGGUGGUAUCGCUGGACAAGGUCCUCGAAACGAACCACCUAACAGCACGUCUUGGGGAUAAUGUGGAAAUAAAGUGUGACGUAACCGGAAGUCCUGCACCGCCAAUUGUGUGGCAUCGAAAUGGUGUGGAUCUCCUCACGCUGGUUGAGGAGAACAUUCGCGUGUUUACAGAUGGAAGUCUCUACUUGACUCACGUUGAGCUAGUUCACGCUGGCAACUACACGUGUCACGCACAGGGCAAUGAUGAUGUCGUACAGACGCACAUCCUCACGGUUCACACUGUCCCAAGGGUACGUGUUAUGCCGCGUAUUCAGUCACGAAGUCUCGGGGAGAAUGCUGAGAUGUUCUGCCACGUGACCGGGGAACCAUUCCCGGCAGUUGAGUGGCUGAAAAAUGAUGAAGCGAUAAAACUCGAAACACCCAACAAGUACGAGGUCAUUGGGAAUGGGACAUCCCUCCAUGUCCUCAACAUCACGUACUCCGACACCGGAGCCUUCAUGUGUCGUGCCCGGAAUAUUGGGAGUGAAGUCAAGGACAUUAGCUCAUUAAUUGUCCAAGAGGACGAAACUCCAACCGUUCUCAUUGAAGAAAAUCGAUUUUUCGUCUUUCACAAAUACGGCGCGGCCAUCUACGAGCCCGGAGCAUGUCGUCUCGUCCAUCAGAUCCAGGGUACGGACAUCAUUCCCGGCACGCAGGAUACAGUGUGUGGGUUGAGUGGGGUUGGGUGCUCAUGGGGAAGGGCAAUUAACAUUGGAACGCGCUACAUUUACGUGAGUCAACCCUAUAGGGAUCGCGUGCUGAUUAUCUCCACACUGCAGAUGGUCGUUGUGGAUGUCAUUGCAACUGACCGGUAUCCGGUGGAGCUUCACUAUGUGCCUCACCUGGAUCAGGUGUGGAUACUCAAUUGGCGUCGUGCUGAUACCCCAUACUCAAAGACACUGCAAGUCAUACGGGAUGCGAGUGAGAAGAAACGCCACCAGGCAACGCAUCCGCAAAUGAAGAGUGACACAGAGGUCAUUCGGGAUUUCUUCAUUCCAACUGCAGACUUUGAACCACUCAACUAUGCUUUCAACUAUGGCUAUGUGACGCAUCAGAAUACGAUGGGUUUGCAGAAGAUUGAUCUCAACACCUUCCACUAUGUGCGGUACAUUGAUCUCUCAUCGUACGCCUGUCUCCCCUAUUCUGUCACCUUUUCCGCCUACUACGGCAUCGUUGUGAUUGCAUGCGUGGAGCCGGAUACAAAUACGUGGCGGGGACAAUUGAUUCUCGACUAUUUGACGGAUUCGGUGAUGGGGACAAAGCCCGCCAUUCACGGGGUGGCCCGCAUCUCCCCAAAUUCCAGACAUAUCGUCACAACAUUUGUGGAUAACAAUGCCGGCACGACACUCACAGUCCAGCAGAUAACAUCAAGUGGCCUCCAAUUUUCCUUCGAUGUGAAGACCACACUCAAUAUCAGCGAUGUGACUUUCUAUGAGAGCCAAACGACCCAUGGAUAUGACUUGUUUGCCAGCGCCAGCGACAAAGAGGACAUACUCUAUUUGAAUUUGGACACAGGCAAGGUGGAAAUGAUAACAGGAGUCGGUCCGGGCGCACCUCUGCUCCAACAGCCAGUGCCAAUUGCCAAAUGGGGCAACUCAAUGCGAUCAAUUAAGUCUUCAGGACUCUUUGGGCAAUAUAUGGUGACUUUGACAAAUAGUGCUCUCUUUGUGAUUAAUGGAAAAAGUAAGACGGUCAACUGCGAAAUUGGCGGUGUUCUCAAUCCCGUUGGUGUUGUAUGGGCGAAAUAUCGACAGAACACCACCCCACAGGCACCCAGUAUCAUCCCCAGGAGCCACGAGGACAUCAACGAAAAUUAAUUUUUUCCGCUAUCGCGUAUUGGCACACGAUUACAAGACAAAUUCCUCAAUUAUCACCCCAAAAAAGUGAUAAAAAGAACACACAAAUGUGAGGGCACGAAGAGACGGAGCAGAAGUGCAAAAGACGUCUAAGAAAUACAAAUAUUUUUGCAGGAAUCACACGUACACACAUUAUGGGUAUACCUCCCAGUGGAAAUUCCACAACGAAAUCUACAUUUUUAACAGUUGAAAAAAAAUUUAUUUGAUUAUGAAGAGUGACUCAAAAAAAUUCACUCUUGAUUUCUUCGUAAUUCACAAUAUUCUUUUAUCACAUAGCGCGCGGAAGAAAUAACAAUAAAAAAAAUUGAAAAACUCGUCCCAUUUGGUAGGAAAAACACGAAGUACACGAAUAAUGGGAAUCUCACAGAAAA